CAGUGAUUCAUAGAAUUUAUUUCUCACAGCUCAACAAUCUCUGCCACUCCCUCUCUUUCUUUCUCUCUCUCUCUCUUUCUUAUGAACACGUACUGUCGUUAAAUUCAAGAACAAAUCUUAUCACAAAAAUCAAUACUUCUUGUGAAAUUUUUUGAGACCUAGUUCUUGAAAUCGCAAUGUCUAUGGAUUACAUAGUCAAGGUUGAAGAAUCAAGGCCUGCAACUGAUAGAAAACCAUCAGCAGGGCCUGUUUUCAGAUGCAUUUACGCCAAAGAUGGCCUCCUGGAGGUACCUGCCGGACUGGAGUCUCCUUGGCAAUUUUUUAGUGAUUCGGCUCUUAAGAACCCCAACAACCAAAUGCUUGGACGACGAGUCCCAGAUUCAAAGUUGCAGGUAGGUCCUUAUGUGUGGCUCACUUAUAAAGAGGCUUAUGAUUCUGCCAUCAGAAUUGGUUCUUCAAUGAGAAGCCGUGGUCUCAACCCUGGAGAUUGUUGUGGUAUAUAUGGCUCCAAUUGCCCAGAAUGGAUUACUGCAAUGGAGGCUUGUAACAGUCAAGCUAUUGUAUAUGUACCACUGUAUGACACUCUUGGCCCUAAUGCAGUGGAGUUCAUCAUUAAUCAUGCCGAAAUUUCAUUAGCUUUUGUCCAGGAGACCAAGCUCUCUUCUAUCUUAUCUUGUCUCCCAAAUUGCAAAUCAUAUCUGAAAACCAUUGUUAGCUUUGGAAAUAUUUCUAGCAAGCAGAAGAAGGAAGCUGAGGAACUGGGAGUGUCUUGCUUUUCAUGGGAGGAAUUUUCUCAUCUGGGAAGUUUGGUUUGUGAAUUACCUCCUAAGCAGAAGACUGACAUCUGCACAAUAAUGUAUACUAGUGGAACAACAGGAGAACCAAAAGGUGUUAUCCUUACUAAUGGAGCUAUCAUGGCUGAAGUAUUGUCUGUCGACCAUUUACUUUUUCUUACAGACAGAGUGGCUACAGAAGAAGAUUCAUACUUCUCUUUCCUUCCUUUGGCUCAUGUAUAUGAUCAAAUAAUUGAGACCUACUGCAUAUACAAAGGUGCCUCUAUAGGAUUUUGGCGAGGGGAUAUAAGGUACUUGAUUGAGGAUGCUCAGGAAUUGAAGCCAAGUAUAUUUUGUGGUGUUCCUAGAGUCUAUGAUCGUAUAUAUACUGGUACAAUGAGUAAAAUUUCAUCUGGAGGUGCUUUCAGGAAGAAAUUGUUUGAUUUUGCUUAUAACUACAAGCUAGGAAAUCUUGAGAAGGGAUUGCCACAAGCCCAAGCAGCACCCCUCUUGGACAGGCUUGUCUUUGAUAAGACGAAACAAACAUUGGGAGGUCGUGUUCGUAUCAUGUUAUCUGGUGCUGCACCUUUGCCUAGGCAUGUGGAGGAGUUCUUAAGAGUCACAAACUGCUCUACUUUAUCACAAGGAUAUGGUCUCACAGAAAGUUGUGGAGGUUGUUUAACAUCCAUAGGUGAUGUGUUUCCUAUGAUUGGAACUGUUGGAGUCCCGGUGACAACCAUUGAAGUAAGGCUUGAGUCUGUGCCAGAGAUGGGAUACGAUGCACUAUCCAGUAUUCCACGGGGAGAGAUUUGCCUCAGGGGGAAGUCAUUGUUCUCUGGUUACCACAAGAGAGAAGAUCUAACAAAAGAAGUCCUUAUUGAUGGGUGGUUUCAUACAGGUGAUAUUGGAGAAUUGCAACCCAAUGGAGCAAUGAAGAUAAUUGACAGGAAAAAGAACAUAUUCAAGCUAUCUCAAGGUGAAUAUGUUGCUGUGGAGAACCUUGAGAACACAUAUACACGAUGCCCUCUUGUAUCAUCGAUUUGGAUCUACGGCAACAGUUUCGAGUCAUUUCUUGUUGCUGUAGUGAUCCCUGAGAGACAGGCACUUGAGGAUUGGGCGGCAAGCCAUAAUGUGACUGAUGAUUUCAAAUCUUUGUGCAAAAAUCUGAAGGCUAGGAAAUAUAUUUUAGAUGAGCUGAAUAGCACUGGUCAGACACACAAACUUAGAGGAUUUGAAAUGUUAAAAGCAGUUCACUUGGAACCACAUCCUUUUGAUAUGGAGAGGGAUCUGAUAACUCCAACAUUUAAGCUGAAAAGGCCUCAGUUGCUCAAAUACUACAAGGACUGCAUUGAUCAACUGUACAGUGAAGCAAAGGGUUUGAAAGCGUGAGAGCAAUUUUGUAACCAAGAACAUAAAAUGCAGAAGUGCAGGAUUGUCAGUGUCAUUUCAAUGUUUCUUUAGAGUCAUGGUUAAUCUUGUUUGAGAACACCUUAAGAGAUUGUCAAUGUUUAUGAAUAGACAAGAUUACCUAAACUUCUUACUAAGCCCUUCCAAAUUUAAAUUAUAAAUUUAUACUUGUUUACAUA